UGCAGGAAAUGCAAAGAAAUCGGUCACUGAUGAUGCGUUUGGAAACAUGUGGCAGCAGCACGUGUUCUCUGAUGAUUUCCAGUGAGUACAAACAGUUCUUGAAGCGCACAAAGUGUUGAAUCCUUGGAGAGGAUUGAGGUUCGGAUGGAUCAUUUAUUGAUUUGCAUCCACGUGAUGUUGAUGGAGAGAAGUUUUGUGAGAGAGGACCCACCUAUAGGAACAGACUCCUCGGUGGUAUAGUGCCUCCUCCUUCCUCCUCUCUUCUUGUCAUCUUGCGCCAUCCACACAGGAACGCCGCAGUCUCCAGCGAGCUGAGCGCAAAUUUCAGCUCUCUAAUUACCAAACAGGAGCGGGAGUAAGUUUUGUGCAACUUUCUCCAGACUUUCAAUGGGACCCGACGACUGAGACAAGCCUGCUGCAUCUCUUUAACCCGCAGCCGCAGACAUGGACUGUUGCGCGCUUGGUUCGGCGCGCCUGUUGUUCCCAGGAUAUUUACGCAUCGCGUUGCUAUGGUUCGUGCAUUUAAGAGCGUUCGCGCAACAUGCUCCAGAGUGCCACCCAGGAGGCCAUCAGAUUUUGCGCAAUUCCUAUCGCAGCGUUGACUUCGACUCCACAGAGAUUCAGAACACGGCCAUCCAGGACUUGAUCUGUGACCACUCGCUGUUGCCGGGCUGGUACAGAUUCAGGAUCAACAACAAGCCGGCGGAGAUGCCGACCACCUGUGUUGAGAUGAAUCGCUGUGGUACACAGGCUCCAGUGUGGCUCUCCCUGAAGGAUGCCUCCCUGCCACGGGCCGGUGAAGUCCGCCAGCUCUCUGCCUGUGCCACCUGGCAGUUCUUCCAUGGCAGCGCCAAGGACUGCUGCCUCUUCCGCAUCCCGGUCACGGUGCGCAACUGCGGCGAGUUCCUGGUCUACUACCUGCAGCCCACGCAGGGGUGCAUGGGAUACUGCGCUAAAGUUGCUCCUGAUUUGGGGCCCAGAUUCUGCCCACCAGGUGAAGUCGAAGUCAACGGCCGAUGCAAAGCCGCCAUCCCAUCGCCAUCCCUGCCAUCCCGGCCAGUGAUCACCCCGGAGCUCAUCGGCCAAAGUGUCCACUUGAGAUGCUCCUUCAUCCCACCACUGUCGAGCCAGCAACUGGGCUUCCAGGUGGUUUGGGCCAGACACAUCGGCCACAGCAUGAAGGCUGAGAUCAGGCAGGAAUCCACAUUGAAGCCCUUCUCUCUGGCGGAGAUGGAUGGCGUUCACUUCAGGCUCGGAGAAACGUUCUCCUGCAUUGUAUCAACUUUCAGAGCCAACUCCAGCAACGGCAGAUCUCCUCCAAAGGAAAGUGAGAGUUUCUACGCUGGACUGAAGUUUUGUUCAGACUCGCUCCACAUAGCAGAGAACAGUAAGGAGCACGAGGUGACCGUCCACAGCACAGUGCCCAUCCCCUGCUACGGCCUCGACCACGGUCACCAGUGUGGAGUCCCUCUGGCUCUGAGUGUGCACAACCCAGACAGUCUCGGACAAGAGGCCUCGAAUGUGGUGCUGUCCGCCUGCCAGGUGGAGCUCAAGCCUCAUGCCUGCAGCGAUGGCAGCUGUGGACAGGCUGCCUUUUUUGUCACUGCUGUCACCGAUUUCACACGAGAUGGGAACCGGCCGAGUCUAAUUGGUGUUUUGCCCGGACCCAGUGCACCACGACUCUGGAGAAACUAUGUCCCAACGUCCCUGAAAGUCACAGUCCAGGACGUUCCCACUUCCAUCUGCUACUCUUUGACUGACCCACAUGUCAUUACCCUGGAUGGCAGGCGUUAUGAAAACCAUCAGACUGGCACCUUUGUCCUUUACCGGAGCCUCGUCAGGGAGUUUGAGGUCCACUCUCGCCAGUGGGACUGUGGCAGCCGGCACUACGCUGUCGCCUGCAACUGUGGCGUUGCGGUGCGAGAGGGCAACGAGAUUGCUGUCUUUGACAUGUGCAACGGCCAACCACAGGAAAGCAGGCCACAGCUUACCCUGAAGAAUCUAGGUGACAGGGAGGGCAGUCGAGUCAGGGUCCUGGAGUCCCACCAGGGGAAGAAGGUCACCUUGAUCUUUCCCUCCGGGGCCUUUGUUAGGGCCGAUGUUGGCGAUUGGGGGAUGAGCCUGUCUGUCCGGGUGCCCAGCGUUGACUACAGUAACACGCAAGGCCUCUGUGGCACCUUCGACCGCAAUGGAAACAACGACUUCCACAGCUCUGAUGGUCAUGUUUUCGGACCGGACGACCUGCUUAGCUUCAUAGAAAACUGGAGGAUAGCUCCUGGUGAAAGUUUAUUUGACAAGACACCUCCAGGGACGACAGAGGACAUCAGGAGGCCGUUCUGUCAGUGCCAAAAAGGAUACAGCACUUCUCAUCACGCUGGCAGAGGGAUGAGGAACUUGUACACUCCUUCCGCUCACUCUGACUGCAUAGUAUACGAUAAUGUGGAUUACACAUCUGUGUUCCCCUCCAUGGACACAACAGUGGAAUAUAUCAAGAGUCCAGAAAGAGAGGAAAACAUCCUGGAUAUGUCUGCCUUUAACAGUCAUCCUCUGGAGAGGAGGCACCUUCAGUUUUACAGUGAUUACAGUGACCAUGAUGUUGAACUGGAAGGUGAGUUCAGGCAGGAUCGUCUGAUUUCUGUCGAGAGGCCUAAGAGACAGGUGUCAUUUGAAUUCCAGCCUGUCUUUACUGCUUCAAGCCUCAGCCAGGCCGAUCUGGAGAACCUUGCCUAUUUCUUCCCUGAGGAUCACUUAGCGGAAGCCCGACCGGAGGUACAACCUCAGUGGCCCACGCCAAGUGGCCUAACCUCGGCCAAAGCUCUGGAGGUCUGCCAGAUAGCCUUGGCCAACUCCACUGUUGGUGCAGUGUGCCGAGGGCUGCUGGGACGCCGUCUGGACGAGGCCGUGGAUCUCUGCAUUCUGGACCUGCAGCUCAAAGAUGACCUGGGCUGGGAGGAGGCGCUGCUGCCAUACUUAGAGAAUGAGUGUGAGAGGAGGCUGUUGGAAAAUCGGACCCAGAGAGCUUUGGAGAUGGGUGGUCCAUCAGGAGCAUCGAGGGAUGUGGUGACAGCGCUGCGCUGCCCCAACUUUUGCAACGGAAAUGGAGAGUGCACAGAGUGGGGGUGUCAGUGUUAUCCCAGCCACAGCUUCUACGACUGCAGCCUGGCCAUCAGUCAGCCAGUAGAGUUAACAGAUUUGGAGAACGGUGGACUGUGUGAUAUCCGGGCCUUCAACUGUCGUGACAUCCGAGUCUUUGGCCUCGGUUUCAUCGACUCUCCGGACCUGAGCUGCCAUGCCACCAGACUGAAGUACAUGAACGGAGUUUGGGUUCCAGACGAAAAACAGAGGACAAAAGCCACCUUCCUCAGCUCCAAGGCGUUAGACUGCACCGUACCAUCUCUAAGCAACACUGCCGUCAACACAGAAGACUUCAUGAUGGACGACAAACCAUACGCACGCUGGGAGAUUAAGGUAACCAAUGAUGGCUCCCAGUACAGCCAGGCCAAGGUGCUGACGAUCUAUGAUGGCGUUUGUCAGGUCUGCGAGGCAUCGCGCACCGGACUCUGUAAGUUAAAGGAGAAGACAUGUAACAUCGAUGGGAUGUGUUUCACAGACGGAGACUCCAAUCCCAGCAGCCCUUGCCUCCUUUGUGACCCAGAAACCUCCAAAUUCACCUGGUCUGUGAACCAAGUCAACGAGCCGCCGGCCUUCCACCGACCUCAAAGCGACCUGCGGACAUUCGCCGGGGAGAACUUCGUCUUCCAGUUUACAGCGUCAGACCCGGAGGGCUCUGCACUCCUCUUCCAACUGGAGGAGGGCCCAAAUGGGGCUGUCCUCUCCCCAGCCGGCCUCCUUAUCUGGAGGGUCCCGUCGUCGCUCCCCGAGCAGGGUGGACAUCAAUCAAAGCGCUCUGUCCGCUUCACGUUGUCAGACGAGUGCAACGCCCAGAGCACCUUCACCGUGGAGAUUGAUGUGGUGCCAUGUGGGUGUCAGAACGGAGGUACAUGUGUGACGGACAUCAAUUUCCCUGCUGGCAGUGGGAAGUACUUGUGUGUAUGCCCUGAGGGUACGCUAGGCGACCUCUGCGACGAGGAUGUGGACGAAUGUUUGUCGGCCCCGUGCACAGUCGGCAAGUGCAUCAACACAGCCAGCGGGUACAGAUGCGAGUGUCCUGCGGGGCUGAGGGGUGUAACGUGCCUGGAAGAUAUCAAUGAGUGUGAAAGGAAUCCUUGCUUUCAAGGAGUCCAGUGCUUCAACAACUUUGGCUCCUAUGGCUGUGGACCAUGCCCCAAAGGCACGCUGGGAAAUGGGACGACAUGUGCAGCAGUCCCCAUCCCUGCCACAUCUGCUCCUCGUACGACUGUCUACAAGAUACCAGAUGUUCUGCUGCAACCACCCAAAACAAAGACAGACACUUUCCGGAAGACCUCAAGUGGUAGCUCCCCGCAGACGAGGACUGAGGUGGGGAAAACAAUUCCAGGGGCUGACCCAGACCGAUCAAAAAAGACCACCACUUGGAGGCAGAUUCCAGGAAUAAGCCAUAACCCGGCAAUAACUAACAAGAGCAUCACAGCAAUUAAACCAAUCGUGACCCAAGCAAAGACAGAUGUUUUUAGAAAAAACAGCUCCACAGCUAACAGAGAUACUUUUAAGAACAUCUCAAGAACUACACCGGAUGAAGUCAAGCCUGAUCCUUCAAAGAUCAGCAACACUAUAGCCAAGACAUCCACUGUCACCCAGCCAUUGGGAAAUGGCAAACCAGCUUCAGGAUCUGGUCGGUCUUUGGCUGUGAUGGCUACAUGUGCCAGUAGGCCCUGCUUCCCUGGGGUUCAAUGCAUCAACCGCAGGCCGCCACAUGUCGGCUAUGUCUGCGGACGUUGUCCUCCCGGUCUUCACGGCAACGGACGCAUUUGCAUGAAGAACGCCAAGGCAGCUUCCAAUCACCUUCCUCAGCAGCAGACGGUAGCCAAGACCAGCCAAUCCCUCCACGGAAGCACGAGCAAAGUCUCCCAGCUCCACCUGCCCAACCUUCCCAUCAGGCACAGUAUCAAACACCUAUCCUUGCCCGUCACCAGAGCAAACCGAGAUAAUAUACCACGCCAGAAUCCCUCGGGAAGAGGAGGUGGGACAGGAAGAAGAGAGGCGGUCACUCCUUCGAGAGAUGUUCCUAGAACAUCAAUCGGGGCCCACCAUGUGACUUCAAAUACUCACAUCACCCAUCAAAGUGCCAAUCUCAGAACAGAUACGAGGGCAUACACCAGAUCGAGCACGACUAUCUCCAGGGAUUUUACGGUUCCCCAUGUGACGGCCUCCAAGCAGCCUGAAAGAGCAAUGACUGGUGGCACACCUUCCAAGGUAACACCGUCCAGUCCUCACCUAUCCACUCAGUCUGGCAAAGUGACGCAGUACAAACAGACAACCCAUCCCCAGCUCAACCAUCUGGCAUCCACCGAGGCCUGGACACGUCCAAGACCUGCCCUCCCACUUACAGCGGCCCUCACCGCUCUGUCCUACUCGCUGUCUGAGUCAGAGUUCUCCGCAGAUGGAGAUGAGGCUGAGCCUGGAUCCGAAGUCCCAGAGAUGCUUCACGUAGUCCCGGCAUUGACCUUCACAACACCAGGCAAGACCAUCUACAGCAGCUCAAUGCUCCAAAGAGUGACCGCCAUCCAGCCAGGGGACAGGAGUGCUACAACAGCUGAGAAACAGGUGACGACCUGCGCUGACCGGCCAUGUUUUCCUGGUGUCCUGUGUGAACCAGCAAUGGAUGGGGGUUUCCGCUGUGGGAGGUGUCCAGUAGGAUACACUGGAGAUGGACGGGCAUGUCGAGCUGUUUGCAGACAUACGUGUGGUCGGAACAUGGAGUGUGCAGCGCCCAACACAUGCCGCUGCAAACCAGGCUACGCUGGAUUCGAUUGUCAGACAGCAAUCUGUAAGCCGGAUUGUAUGAACGGCGGCGUUUGCAUUGCUCCGGGUGUGUGUCAGUGUCCCAGAGGUUUUCAUGGAGAAACCUGUCAGGAAGCUCUGUGCAGGUUAUCGUGUGAAAAUGGAGGCACCUGUGUGGGACUGCAGACUUGUUCCUGUCCUUAUGGGUUUGUCGGACCACGAUGUGAGACCAUGGUGUGUAGCCGACACUGUCACAACGGAGGCCAGUGCAUGUCUCCAGACAAGUGCAAGUGUCCGCCAGGCUGGACUGGACCGUCUUGUGAGACCCCUCUCUGCUCUCCGGUGUGUCUGAACGGAGGCACCUGUGUUCGGCCAGAUACUUGCGAGUGUCCUCAUGGUUUCUACGGUGCACAGUGUCAGAAUGCUGUUUGCAGUCCUCCCUGUAAGAACGGCGGUCUGUGUAUGAGGAACAGCGUCUGCUCCUGUCUGCAGGGAUACACCGGGUGGCGAUGCGAGAAAAGUGUGUGCGAGCCCAUGUGUAUGAACGGCGGCAGGUGUGUCGGCCCAGAUGUUUGCGAUUGUCCAUCAGGUUGGCGAGGGAAGAGAUGUGAUAAACCCAGCUGUCUGCAGAAGUGUCUGAAUGGAGGCGAGUGUGUCGGAUCCAACACUUGCCACUGUACCCCCGGGUGGCAAGGCAUGCAGUGUCAGAUCCCUCAUUGUGAACAGAAGUGUCUUUACGGCAGUCGAUGUGUCCGACCAAACGUCUGCGCCUGCAGGAGCGGAUACUCAGGUUCUCUUUGCUCCAGAAGGCUCCCCAUUGCCGCCAUCCGACGCUGAGCUCAACUUGAAACUAACACCAAAAAGUUUCUAUUCAACAUCACAGAUAACACCUUCAGAGCCACCAACGCAGAAGAAAUGUCUGUUUUAUCUCUGUACAGAGCCUAUUUUAGCAAAUAAAACUGGAAGUUGGGGGAAAUGUGUGUUUUUAACAACAGAUACAUGCAUGACAGUCUUUGUGUUUGCAGCUUACAGCAGUUGUUACUAGGUAGAUUUAAAUGAUCUCUCUGAGGGAAGUCCGCUUUGGAGCCAACGGUUACAAAAUUGUUUCACAUACCCUGGCUAACAGUUUCCCCCUGCUUUCAGUCUUUGUGCUAAGCUAGGCUAAUGAGAUAUAGACUUAUUUGUUAAAUCGGGAAAUCAUCACCUGAAUUUCACCAGUUCGUGUCACAGCGUGAUAAAAGAAGAGUCUAAACUAAAGUUCAGGAUUUUACAAGCAGCGGUUUCAUUCAAUGGUCGGACAGAUCGUUUAAGUUUUUACUGUAAGUGCCAUCGUGUUCAGGUUCCACACUACAAACCCAAACCUCUGUAUGAGUAUUUAUUUAUUUGGUUGUUUUAUAUUGUCGCAUAUUUUUUUGUUGUAUAUAUCUUAAUCACUGUAUAAUCGAUGUUAUUUCUUAUUAAAGCUUGUUUAUUGGUUGUUUUGUAAGAAAACAAAUAAAGAUCCUUUUAAGGUUUGGUCUGUUCAUCUUCAGUGACAAAUUAAACCAACUGUUUUUCAGAGUACAUCUUAUUUUUUUUAAUCUUUUGACGUGAUCAGUAUGUCGGAUUUGAUCAUAGAUUGAUCAUAUAUUCUUAAUGAGUCAUAGCAUAUACUACGUAGCUCGCUGUCUUUCAUAUACGGCAUCAUGUAUAGAUGUGAUCAGUAAGAUGUCAAUGCUUUCUAAACUGGAGGAACCACUAGGGGCCACCAAAGCAUGUUUGAAGAGGAUCGCAGAGCCUUCUUGA